UAACUUUCACUUCUCUCUCUCAAACCCAAAACUCUCAAAAGAUUAACAAAAAUGGUAGGGGAAGAAGAAAAUACUAUUAAUAAGUUGGAUUUUGAGGAGACAGAACUAAGGUUAGGGUUGUCUUGUGGAAGAAAAAAAGUUCAUCAUGAUAAUGAUACUACUAAUGUUAAUGGAAAAAGAGGCUUUGUUGAUUUGAAACUCAACAUUUCUUCUCAUGAUAUUAACAACAAGAAUACUCAGCUGGAAUUCAAGAAUAAUUCAUCACUCAAAACCCAAGUUGCCAAGACACAAGUUGUGGGUUGGCCACCAGUAAGAUCCUCAAGGAAGAAUAUUUUGAUUUCUCAAAAGAUUAUUGGACAUCAAGAGAAUGACAAAAUUGGCAAUGGUGUUUUAGUGAAGGUCAGCAUGGAUGGUGCACCUUACCUUAGAAAAGUGGACUUAAACAUGUACAAAAGUUAUCAAGAAUUGUUUGAUGCCUUAGCCAAGAUGUUUAGUUCCUUCACUAUUGUCCAAGGAAUGAAAGAUUUCAUGAAUGAGAGGAAAUUGAUGGACCUUUUGAAUAGUUCUGAUUAUGUUUCUACCUAUCAAGACAAAGAUGGUGAUUGGAUGCUUGUUGGAGAUGUCCCUUGGGGGAUGUUUGUUGAUUCUUGCAAGCGCUUGCGCAUCAUGAAAGGAAUAGAAGCAAUUGGACUAGCACCUAAAGCUAUGGAGAAAUGCAAGAAUAGAAGUUGAAUUAUUGCUGUGUUGCACGUGUAUUUCAUGCUAAUCGAUACAAAUAUCCCACUAUCUUGAUUGGAGAAAUCAAGCUAAUAGUGUGCUAUGUAAUGUUAAUACUAUAUAAUGAAGUGCUUGUAUGUAUUCAUUAAUUUAUCUAGAGCUUAAAUAUUUCUUGCUUAAUACUGAACUUAUUAUUAUAAAGUUUGUCCUAUAAUUUAGUGUAAGGUUGUUACUUAUAA